CGGGGGGCGGGUGAUGUAAUCAGUCGGCGACGCUGCCUAGUUGUGGUAAUGGCUGAGUGGUGGUGAAGGUGUUUGUGAUGGUGAGCACUCUGAGGUCGAAGAAGGCAUCUAUAACAAAUUUCCACAACGCAGGACAGGACCACUCGGAUGGCGAACUUCACACUCUGGUUUUCUUAGCUUGUAUUUGAAAUGAUUUAAAUGGAGGACCAAUAUUUGGAGCAGCAGAAUUCACUGGGUGAAAGGCUUUAUAAUGCCAUCUUCCCACAAUAUCCCAAAAUGGCUAUAAAACUUACAGUCUUUGUUUUGAGCCUCUUGCAGGAAUGCUCCUGGAGCUCCCAGUUCCUGUGCUGGAUCAGAUGAUACAGGAUGACAAGUUACUGUCUGCUGGACUUCAAAAAGCAUUCAACACACUCCAGAAUUCUACAGAGAAAUGUCAAAGCAUAAAUAAAUGUCUACCUAGAGGUGAGCAAGAUGAUACAGAUUCUGAUUCCACUGAUUCAUUAGGUGACCAACUGUAUGACCUCGUGGACGUUCAUAAUACUGGACACAGUGAAAAAAUAACAGGUAUGUUACUGGAAAUGGGACGUAAGGAAGUAAAGAAACUGGUCAAUGACUUGGAUCUAUUGGAACAAAAGAUUCACAUUGCACAGGAAGCACUGGAGCUAAAAAUGCCUAAUGAGAGGAAGAUGUCCAACAACUCCGAUUUUGAUGAUGUGAGAGAGAACCUGGGAGAGAAGAUUUUUGAACAGGUAGAAAAGAUCGAUCCACAGAACUGUGCUUACAUCACUGGAAUGCUACUGGAACUAGAACCUUCAGCCAUUCAGGUGCUGCUAACUGACAGAUUAGCACUACAUGCUGCUGUUCAAAAAGCACAGGCAGUUCUCUCGCAGUCAGCUACUCAGAAUCCAGAACUGGUCAACAGUGAAGAUGGAAGUGACCUGGACAGUGAAACUGAACAGAUAGGGGAAGAAUUAUAUUGCUAUAUCAACAAAACAAAAUACAGUGAACAUGCAAGCAGGAUCACAGGAAUGCUGCUUGAGAUUCCACAUAACCACUUAACAGAACUGCUGAAAUCACCAGAAGAGCUAAAUGAGAAGAUUAAAACUGCAGCUUCAGCACUUGAAGAUGACUGAAAAUAUUGUUAGAAAUUUAGUAAAUCCUGUAAUUAUUUAGGUAUUACAAUCACAGCCUCAAUUUCUGUGCUUUAUUUUGAAUGAUGAUUAAUUUGAGAGAUUAGCAAAUAACAGACUUAUGGCACAUAAACUGAAUAGUGAAGAGCUUUCAACUGUCUGCAUUUCUAGUGCGAGAAGUUGUUUUUAAACUGCAAAGUAUUUAUUUACCUACAGUGAUGCCUUGGAUUUCCAUAGUAUGCAGUACCAGUAAAGUUACCUCAGGUUUGAUUUACUAUUUAAUGAUCAGAGGCAGAGUGACUAUAUUGCUUCUGAAAGACAAUUGGUAUAAUCUUUGUUUAUAAAUUCUUUAGAUUAAAAGAUUCUACUGUUUUGUAAAUGUUGUUAUAUUAUUUUAAUGUAUUGAAAUUACAAGAAAGCUGUACAGAAAACAAGAGUACUUAACUUCAUGGCUGCACCUUUUGAUUGGGCAUCACACUCCAUUUUCCCAAAAAAAUUAAUCUCUACACAGUAAGAUAAAAUGUACAUUAAAAAAAAUCCAAGGGAUUCUUGUCCUUGGAAACCAUUCUUCAACUGUUUGCUUUCAAAUUGGGUAUAGAGAUAUUAUCACGUUCUAAUCAGUCAAAAAUUACCAGAAGCAUGAAAUUUGACUGACACUUCAGUGAUCCUAGAUUUUUAAAAAUAUAAUACAGGAGCCAUUUUAAAUGUAAAGUUAUUGUUACCACAUGCAUAAUGUGGCUAACACCAGGUAUUUGUAUAAAAGAUAGGUGGCUCAUUGCUAGUUCAUAAAGUUAAGUAAGGGAAGCUGGAAAAGUAUACUUUCUCGAGGCUGACCUUGUUCCAGUCUUGGGGGUAUUUCAUCUUUAUUUUUCUUUGCUUCAGUGUUUCUAGCCCACGUAGUACUUGCAAGUAAGAACAUGGUAGUAAUUAAAGUCCAGAUUGUUUCAAGUGUUCUAGAUUAUUUCAUAUCAUUCAUUUAAUCUUUGGAGUGUCAUUGACUGCUUCUUGAUGUAAAGUGGGAAGAGGAGGAGACAGCUUGUCAAUGUCAAAUCCUAAUAAUGUUCUAAAUAAACAAUGAUACCGUUUCUUAAUGCAGGUAUAUGGAGAAUAACUAAUUAUAUUGUUAAUUGAAUGUGCUAUUCUGAAACUGAAUAUCAAAUGAGGAAUUAACAUUUUUAAAGUAGUUCCUUAUCACUUUUCCUGUAAUAGACCAGAAAUAUCAAUAUGGUAGACUGUCGAUCCAAUAGCUACAAGUUAUUUACGUUCAAGUUAAAUUCUUUAUGUUUUUGAGUGCAAUAUUUCACUUUCACUGAAGUGACCAAAUCAACUAGCUGUGGAUUUGUUUGCUUUUCUUGGUUGUAAAAUAAUUUAAACCAUCUGAAUUUAAAAAUAAUGUUGAGCAUUGAAAUAUAGGCUGUAAAAAAAAAUCCAAUCACAAAUGAUAAAAUACAGAGUUCAUCUGAAAAUUUUGAUCUGUUUUUGAAGUUAUAUUCCAGCUGUGAAAAUGAGUAAAUAUCAAUGUAGUGUUUGAAAAUAUUCGAUGAGUUAAAUUCCACUACUUAGAGUUAAGGGAUUAAUUUUGCUUUAUGAAAAUGUAAAUCCAGCUUUUAAAAGGUUAAUUCUAGUUCAAAAAAUGGUAUUUGGAAAUAAAAAAAGCUGGAGAAACUCAAUAGAUCUGAUAGCAUUGAUGGAGAGAGGAAGAGUUAACAUUGAGUCCAAUAUGACUUCUUUAGAACUCUCCUUCACUCUUCAGAGAUACUUCCAGGUCUGAGUGUUAUUCUGUUUUUAUUUCAGAUUUCUAGUCUCCAUUGUAUUUUGCUUUCAUUUUGGAAACUCUUUUGUUAGCUUAAAUUGGGACAUUUAGGCAAUAAUGCAAUAAACUAAUGGUGGCAGUUAAAUUAAUACAUGACAGUUUUGAAGAGUCAUAAUAUUAACAUAAUUGCUAAUGUAGUUGAAACAUUUUCUCCUUGUAAAUGAGUUACAUGUUAUUUUGCAUUGAAGUGGAUUGUGGUUGUUCAUAC